AUGUCAACUGAGCCUGUGGUCUAUCAGCUUCGACGACCCUCAUCGGAUAAGUCAUGGGGGUUUGUGCUCCAAGGCGGUGCUGAUCAAGGACUCCCUGUCUUUGUGCACAAGAUAACGCGUAAUGGCAUCGCUCACCGAGCUGGACUCGAGCCUGGGGAUGUGAUCGUCAAAAUCUGCAAAACCCCGCUUUCUGGAAUGUCACAUAGCCAGGUGAAGGCUGAACUGCUUCGCGCUGGAAGCGAUCUAGAUUUCACCGUCUUGAAACGUGCCUUCAACGUGACUAACUACAACAUGAGCAUGAAAAUGAUGGCAGCUGAGCAGUCUUCCCCAACCGUCGUUCAAGGCGGACCAGAGGAGCGAUCUGAGAUUGUUGAAGAACAUCUAUGGCGCCAUGGUGGACCUACUUUUAAGAAUGUCCAACCCAAGUCCUACAAAAUUCUCGAACAACAGCUGCCACAGUCGGAAAUGGGAGGAAGCGGGCCAGGAUCGGUUUUUGAGCGGUCUGUGGAUGAGAGAUCACCUUACCUAAAGGCCACGGAGCAGACAAUCCAGAAGGCCUAUGGAGAGUCGUGA